AUGGAAAAGGCCGAUGUCGAGCAGUCGAGCGGCGCGGUCACGGGAGACGCCGAGAAGCACGCUGAGGUGGACAAUGUCGCCUCCGACGAAACGGCGCAGGAACAGGAGCAGCAGCAGGCAAAGGCUCGCCCUCAGCGGAUAGCCUCCUUUAAGGACUAUACGCGAGUCUUCCAAUACGCAACAAAAUGGGACUUUCUCGCCUACGCUGCGGGCGUCUUGGCCUCGAUUGGCGCCGGCAUCACAUUGCCGCUGAUGAACGUCGUCUUCGGUAACUUUGUCGGCAGUAUAAGCGACUUCACCAGUGUUGCUAGCCAAAGCCAGGAUGCCUUUCGCAAAAAGGCAGACAAACUUUCCUUGUACAUGUUUGCUCUGUUUCUUGGCCGACUUGGACUCAACUAUAUCAACAAGUUUGCCUUUCGAAUGAUUGGAAUACGAAUUUCUUCAGCGAUUCGACUUCAUUACUUGACAGCACUGCUAGGCCAGAGCAUCCACGUCCUGGAUUCGAUGCCGCCCGGCUACGCCACCACGACAAUCACUUCCACCUCCAACGUGCUUCAGCUGGGAAUCUCGGAGAAGCUUGGUGUCUUCUUCGAGUACAACGCCACCAUUGUCGCAGCCAUCAUCAUCGCCUUUACUCGCAACUGGGCUCUCACGCUCGUCACGUCCUCGGCGAUUCUCUUCAUUGCCCUUACCGUCUCCGUGCUAUUGCCCCUUAUAGUCAAGGGUCACGGUCGGAUAUCUGAGGCUGAAGCGAAAUCCUCGGCCGUGGCAAGCGAGACAUUUGCUAGCAUUCGCAUGAUUGCAGCGUGCGGUGCCGAGGCCCGUAUGGUCAGGAAGUACGGAAUAUCCGUCGAGGAAGCCAAAAAGCACGCUCAACGCACAUCACCAUUCAUAUCCUUGCAGUUUGGGCUCAUCUUCUUUAGCGUGUUCUCGGCCUUUGCGCUCGCAUUCUGGUAUGGAACCAGGUCGGUAGCUAAGGGCCAAAUUGAUAAUGUUGGAACGAUUGUCAUCGUUUUGAUGUCUGUCAUGAUGGUCGUCUUCUCCCUCGAGCGAACUACCACUCCUCUUUUGGCCGUCAGCAAGGCCACCGUUGCCGCCGCCCAGUUUUUCACUGUCAUCGAUGCCCCCCAGCCAGACAAGGGCCAUCUCAAGGAUCCGGAGGUUUCUGCCACGGACGACAUUGUCUUCGAAAAGGUCACGUUCGCCUAUCCCAGUCGUCCCCACGUCAAAAUUCUAGACGAGCUGGAUCUUCGUAUCGAGGCGGGCAAGAUCAACGCCAUUGUUGGUCCGUCUGGCUCGGGAAAGAGCACGGUUGUAGGACUGAUCGAGAGAUGGUAUACACUGAAGCAACAAUACGUCAUUGCCGAAGCCGUGGAACAGCAGAAAAACAAGAAGAAGAAGAAGAAGACCAGCGAGGAAGAGGAGGAGAUCAGGACCCAAGAUCAAGAAGAUACCGGGCCGCCAGUCAAACUCAGUGGCACGCUCACCACGUGUGGCCAUGCUCUGGAUGAAAUUGACUUGAAGUGGUGGAGGUCACAGAUCGGACUGGUCCAGCAGGAGCCCUUCCUCUUCAACGACACCAUCUUCCGCAACGUGGCAAAUGGUCUGAUUGGCACGCAGUGGGAAAAUGAACCCGAAGAAAAGAAACGAGAGUUGGUAAAGGAAGCAUGUAUCGAGGCGUUUGCCGACGAGUUUGUCGACAAGCUUCCACAGGGCUAUGACGCUCUUGUUGGUGACAGCGGCGCCAAACUCUCCGGUGGCCAGCGUCAGCGCAUUGCCAUUGCACGAUCUAUUGUUCGAAAGCCCAAGAUUCUCAUUCUCGACGAAGCGACAAGCGCGAUUGAUGUCCGUGGAGAACGUAUAGUGCAGGCAGCCCUCGAUCGCGUGGCGCAAAAUCGAACGACAAUCACAAUAGCCCAUCGCUUGUCCACUAUCAAAAAGGCAGAUCGAAUCAUCGUCAUCAAGAAGGGAAAGGUCGUGGAGGAGGGCACACAUGAGAGCCUCAUUGCCAUGGAGGGCGGUGUUUAUUCCGGCCUUGUCCAGGCUCAAGCGCUUUCUUUGGGAGGCUCGCCACAGUCUGACGAGAGUGACGAGAAGGGAGAUGCCUACGAGACUUUAGCUCGCGAGAAGAGCUUGGCCGUUUCCGAAGCCGAAGCGCAAGCAGAGACCAACACCGAACAGCAGCGAAACAUCUUCAACAGCUUCGGCCGCCUCUUUUACGAGACCCAGAGCCAUUGGUAUUUGAUGUUUCUGACAGUCUUCUUCGCCGCCUGCGCCGGAGCAGCGACCCCACUGCAAGCCUGGCUGUUUGCGAAGCUCAUUGUGGUUUUCCAGUUCACCGGCGCCAAACUACUGUCCGAGUCUCGCUUCUGGAGCUUGAUGUGGUUUGUUCUGGCGAUUGGGGUGGGCUGCGCUUACUUUGGAACGCUCUUCUUUUCCACUCGUAUGGCGUCCAUCAUUCGAGCCAAAUAUCAGCAGCAGUACUUUGAGGCCAUUCUUUAUCAAAAGACGUCCUUCUUCGACGACGAGGACCAUUCGCACGGCACCAUGACAUCGCGCGCGAGUGGAGAUCCGCAACGGCUUGAGGAGCUGAUGGGAGCCAACAUGGCCAGUGUCUAUAUCGCAAUCUUUAACCUCACCGGCUCUAUUACUAUCGCCUUUACGUUUGGCUGGAAACUGGCUCUUGUUGGUACCGCCGUCGUCAUGCCAAUUCUUCUCGUUUCCUCCUUCUGGCGCUUCAAGUACGAGAUGCAAUUUGAAAAGAUGAACAACGAGGUCUUUGCCGAAAGCUCCAAGUUCGCCUCCGAGUCCAUUGGCGCCUUCAGGACCGUCACCUCUUUGACCUUGGAAGGCCCUAUAUCGAGCCGCUUCGAAACCCUGUGCAAGGGCCAUGUCAAGACAGCCUUCAAGAAGGCUCGCUGGCUCGAGAACUACUUUGUGUGCUUCAUGGCCAUCAUGAACGCUUCCGAGUCGGCCGGCCAGAGUUUCGGAUUCGGACCGAACGCGGCGCAGGUCACGGCCGCGUCGAACCGCAUCUUGAACACCAGAGACACCAUGAUUAGGGACAAAACUUCUGGAGCAGCAGAUCUUCCCAGCGAAGAAGGGGGGAUGAAGAUUGAGCUGCAAGAUGUGCAUUUCAAGUACCCGACGCGAGAUAUUCCCGUCUUUCGGGGACUCAACUUGACGAUUGAAAAGGGGCAGUUUGCGGCUCUGGUGGGAGCGUCUGGAUGUGGCAAGACGAGCAUCAUCUCCCUCCUCGAACGGUUCUACGAUCUCGACAAAGGCCGCAUUUUGUGCAACGGCCAGGACAUUAGCGAGGUCAACAUCUUCAACUACCGCAAACACCUCUCUCUCGUCGCCCAAGAACCAACACUCUUCCAAGGCACCCUCAGAGACAACAUCAUCCUCGGCGUCGACGAGUCCACCGUCACCGACGAGCAAAUCCACCAAGCCUGCCGCGACGCCUCCAUCCACGACUUCAUCGUCUCCCUCCCCGAAGGCUACAACACCAACAUUGGCUCCCGCGGCGCCACCAGCUCGCUGGACUCGGAGAGCGAGAAGCUCGUCCAGGCGGCGUUUGAGCGGGCGGGCAAGGGCCGGACGAUGGUGGUUGUCGCACACCGGCUGGCGACGGUGCAGAACGCGGAUGUCAUCUUUGUGCUCGGGGAGGGCAAGUUGCUCGAGCAGGGGAGUCAUGUUGAGUUGUUGAAGAAAAAGGGGGUGUAUUGGCAGAUGUGUCAGAGCCAGGCCUUGGAUAGGUAA